AUCCAANUUUUUUCAGAUCCAAAUAUCAAUUGCACCGUACUGAAAUCGAGAAGCCGUCGUCUAUCCAACAAGAAAAACUGCGCUCAGUUCCCGAAAGACGAUUUAGAUGGACACAAUGAGCGGGAAACACGUAUCUCAAGAUCAAUUAGCGGAUCGUCGAAUGUCGAUAUAAUUGAUGGUGUUUCGGGCGCACUACCAUCCGUUAUCUCAGGAACACAUUCGUUCUCGAUGGAUAAUGAUGAUAUGCUGAGACGAGCAACACGUAGCCCAUUAUCGCAACAAAUCCAGUUAUGGAAGAAUGAACUCAGUGGAGGUAUGUUCCCUCUGAUAGUAAUGCCUCUCGGAAUAUGA